CGUGCCUGGCGCUUCUUUCCGCAUCUCUCUGUCCAUCUGUCCGUGGUUUCGUCCGUGCGUCCCGAGCGCGCGGCCGCGGCAGACCCGCCACAUCCCUACCCCGGCUGGAUCGGAGCGCCCCCAUCAUGGGCUGGGGAGCUGGUGGGAGCUGCACCCCACGUCCACCCAUCCGCCAGCAGCCUGCGUCCGAGACCCGGGUGGUCACUGUGGUUUUCCUCGGCCUCCUGCUGGACCUCCUGGCCUUCACUCUGCUGCUGCCCCUGCUCCCCGGGUUGCUGGAGAGCCAUGGCCGUGCACAUGACCCUCUCUAUGGCUCAUGGCAGCGAGGGGUGGACUGGUUUGCUGCGGCCAUAGGGAUGCCAGCGGAGAAGAGAUACAACAAUGUCCUGUUCGGAGGUCUGAUUGGCUCGGUCUUCUCAGUCCUGCAGUUCCUCUCAGCGCCGCUCACAGGGGCCAUCUCUGACUGCCUGGGGAGGCGCCCAGUGAUGCUGCUGUCCCUGGCAGGUCUGGCCACCUCGUAUGCUGUGUGGGCUGCCUCAGAGAGCUUCGCAGCCUUCCUGGCCUCCAGGGUGAUUGGCGGCAUCAGCAAGGGGAAUGUCAGUCUCUCCACGGCCAUCGUUGCUGAUCUGGGCUCUCCACCUGCCCGCAGCAGAGGCAUGGCGAUCAUCGGGGUGGCCUUCUCGCUGGGCUUCACGCUGGGCCCUAUGCUGGGUGCCUUCCUACCUGUGCAGGCCGCACCCUGGCUCGCCUUGCUCUUCACAGUCUCUGACCUGCUGUUUCUCUUCUGUUUCCUGCCGGAGACGCUGCCCCCAGAGAAGCGGGCGCCCUCCAUCACCCUGGGGUUCCGAGCUGCUGCUGACCUACUCAGCCCUGCAGCCCUGCUCCGCUUCUCCGCUGUGGCCCAUGGCCAGGACCCGCCUAGUGGAGACAGGCUCAGCCAGCUGCGCCGCCUGGGCCUGGUCUACUUGCUCUACCUCUUUUUGUUCUCCGGCCUGGAGUACACGCUCAGCUUCCUUGUACACCAGCGCUUCCAGUUCAGCAGCCUGCAGCAGGGAAAGAUGUUUUUCUUCAUCGGCCUCACCAUGGCCACCAUCCAGGGCACCUACGCCCGGCGGAUCAGCCCCGGCAGGGAAAUUACAACUGUGAAACGGGCCAUCCUGCUGCUGGUUCCCGCCUUCCUCCUCAUCGGCUGGGGGCACACGCUGCCUAUGCUGGGCCUGGGGCUGCUGUUCUACUCCUUUGCUGCCGCUGUUGUGGUGCCCUGCCUGUCCUCCGUGGUCGCCGGCUAUGGCUCGCCCGCGCAGAAAGGCACGGUCAUGGGCACACUUCGGAGCCUGGGUGCCCUGGCCAGGGCAAUGGGGCCCAUCAUGGCCGCCUCAGUAUACUGGCUGGUGGGGGCCCCAGCCUGCUUCACCAUGUGCUCGGGGCUCUUCCUGCUCCCCUUCCUCCUCCUGCGGACCCUGAGGCCUCCAACACAGACACUUAAGACCGAGUAACAGAGCCAGCCCAACCCAAGCUGGGGGAGCUGAGGCAGGAAGUCAGAGGCUGGCCAGGACCACUCUCCACUGCUGGCCUGACCCUUCCCUUCCUCCUGAGGCCCAGCCCAGGAAGUCCAACGUCUGCAGCCCCAGAGGGCCCUCGGACGCCCUCCUCCCCACUGGACGAGAGAGCAGCCCCGCCUGCUGCACGCAGAGCAGGGUCAGGGACUCCAAAACUUUCCAGGCUUCCGGUCUGCUUGUUUUGUGCUCCGAGGAGAACAGGCUAUCAGCCAGGCAUCUGAAUGACAAAUA